AUGGCGGGGCGCGCGUGCUGCGGCGCCUACUUGCGGGCGCUGGCGCUGGCAAUUGCCACGCUGCUGUUGGCGCAGCUGGGCGCGGAGGCCAGGCGGCUGGCGGGACAGGAUGGCGAGGGCGCGGCCGAGAGCAAUACAACCAGUGCCUCCCCGGUUUCCGGAAGGCUGCAGCACCCGCAGGCCAACGUCGCCUGGACGGUGAGCCCCUUCAUGAUUGUCGGCUCCUCCACGGGCAAGUCGCAGUUCUUCUGGGCGCCGGGCCGCGGCGCGCUGGCCUCGGGCUUCGAGGUGUGGGUGGGCGCCGGCGGCGUCAACGGCAUUGCGGUGACCUUCACCGAGGGAUCCUUCACCGAGGGCAGCACGGCGGUGAUCGGCACCCGGGUGGGGUCCCACAGCGCGAUCUCGCUGGCCAAGGGCGAGCGCAUCACCGCGAUGUCGCUGUGGGACAACGGCCAGCCCAAGCCCCGCUGGGCCUUCGGCGCCAUGCGGAUCGUGACAGAUGCCGGGCAGACCUUCGAGGCGGGGGUGCCUGCCGGGCACCGGGGGGAGGAGUACAGCCUGGAUGUCGGUUCGGGGCUCGUAGUAGGCGUGGAGGGGUACCACGGCGAUGCGGUGAAUGCCUUCGGCGCGUGCUUCCUCAAGCCCGUGGCGUCGGCCGCGAUGGAGGUCACGGGGUACCCCACGCUCCAAGGGCUGUCCCCGGCCGGCGGCAAGGAGCAGGCCGUGCUGGCCUACGUGACCUACAGCAACUACGGGGACCAGCCACAGCACGUGCGCAUGUCCGGCUCGCCCACCGUCACCGCCAAGCACUGGUGGGAAUUCGACGCGCCCAAGGUACUGGGCGUGGAUGUUGCAAUCCGCGCCGGCGUCCCGCGCGUCGUGGAGUCUGACGGCGUGCCCUCCAACUGGACUGUGACCGAGGCAGAGGAUUGGUCCAGCCAGGACGCAAGGGAGGAUGUUGAGCGCGUGUACGAUCUUCCGCUGACCGUCAAUCCGCACAGCUCGGUCGACGCCAAGGCCACCCUCGCCGAGAUCGAUUUGGACAUCGAGUUCACGGCGCGCAUGGCGGUCACGGUGGACGACGGCGCGAUCUGGGGCUAUCACACCACGGGGCACUACGUGGGGCUGGCGUACGCGGUCACGGUCACGCUGGGCGACGAGACCAGCUUGAAGGAUGGCGGGGAGCAGGAGGAGGCCGUGGAGGAGGUUGCCGACGACCGCGCGGUGGACCCGCCGGUUGAGGAAGACCGACGCCAGCCGGUCAAGGUCGCGGAUCCCGCGGUCUGGGAGUGGUCCUCCAACGGCAACGUUGCGGGCGAGAUCGCGGUGACUUGA